AUGUCACUUUUCGGUGUCUUCCCCCCUCGCCCAUCACCAUCCAUCAUCAUCAUCAUCCAUCAUCCAUCUUCACAAUCACAUGGAGUGGGGGUUUUUCCAACGUGUCCCGCAUCUCUUCCAUUUUUGUCGCAUCUCCAGUUUUCGGCCUUGGGAACGGUACACAGCGCCUUCAGCUCGUCUCAACCACUCAUCUUUCUCGCCCUUGUAUUGGUGGGCUUUGUCGGCUCAAUCGUAGACCGCACUCUUCACUCUCAUUAUUACCCGUCCGUGGUCGACGUGCUUCCAUGUACUACUACCAUAGGUAUUCCAAUUCACCCGGCAACCCCUGUGAGGCAAAAAUGUCCGACCUUCGACUUGCGAUUCCCUCUCUGCCGCGUCCCGACCUCGGUUAGCAAGUCCACCGCCAUGGGAACACCCUCACUCAGCACCCAAAGGCCAUAUCAACUAAGCUCGCUCGUUGCCUGUAUUGACUCGUGCGAACAACAAUAUCUAUGGAUCAUGGAGACAGUCUGUCGUCAUAAUGCCCACAUAGCACAACGAUUCACCUGGAUGGCUGCAUCUUUUGGGUAUCUCCGGCCCACCCUAUCGCUUCUCCAGUCUUUCCGGCCAGCCCAGCGCGUGCCGGACUUUAAAGCCUCGUCCAAGCAGAUGGCCCAGAGAGAGCCAAGCGCCGAAAAUAUCCCUACUACGCCUCCGUCGCCUCCAGUUCUCUCGCUCGCGUUGUUUCAAGCCGGCGACGCGGAUAAGCUCUGGCCCUCCGAUACCACCUGGACCACCCUGGCAUCGCCUGGCUUCCCUUCUUUUGCUGAGCAUCAGAUCCAGUCAUGCUGCGGCCUUCUUCUGCCUGUAGACGCAGCAGCAUCAGAAUGCAGCCCCUCCGGCCCCUCUACGGGCGGGCGCCGUCUUGCAUCGAGAUGCGCAACAUCCGUUGAUAAUGUCAAGGUUAGGACAGGCCAGCGCGGGCGUUCUACGAAGAUGCCCAGGUGGGCUGGGUUGCCUGAUGUGAAUAUGCGACCAAACGUCGAUAACUCGACCGAGUUUUCACGUUUUCUCGACCCCUUGGUACGUCUCAGAACGCGGUACUCGGUGCCGGUUGAAUGUAUGCCGCAGACACUCAACACCACGAUCUACUUUGUUCGGCGCCUCAAUGCUUUUCUCUACGCCGCGAUGUGCCACCCCUCCGGAGCCGGUGAGCACGGGCCAUCCGUCUGGGAUCCGGCCAGUUUCGUAUUUAUCCGCGCAAAUCAAGGCGGCCGCAGGCCCAAGCUCCCUUCUUCCCUGCGGAUGACAUCAAGCCUCUCCACCCGCAUAUCCGCCGCUUCACGCAGCGUGUAUCCGUCCACGCCGUUGUUGGUCGAGAUUGAGCGGGAGAAGACGUAUGGGUUCGGGCGGCGCAAUGAGUUCGAGCUUGCUCUUGGCGGUGCAUCUGAGAUAGUUUUGUUCUCAUGGAGCAACUACAUGAGCAAUGUCUCAUGGGUGUUCGGGCGGUGUGGAUCCUGCCCGAUUGAGUUUUCGCCUCACCCAACGUCAACGACCGCAAGUGAACGAUUUGGAGAUAUCAGAUCAACAAGAGAACACAGUGAGCUGCAGCUGUCACUCGGAAGCCAGUAUCCCAAACCUCACAAACGUAUACGCCAGUUCAAGAAAGUCGACAAGACUUUCACUUCCUCUGCAACCAUGGGUAAAAAAAUGAAGGUCGAGCACAACAUCCGCGACACAUCCCACAACGCCGCAAACUCCAAAAAGACCACGGGCAAGCCAGCAAAGCAACAAAAAGCCAAGCCCAAAGCUCAACCGGAAUCUCAAGGCCAGGCAUCGUCGUCUUCUGCAGACAACGCAAACGCAGUCGACGCCCUCCCCCUCGUCCACCAGCAACGCCUCCUCUCCUCCUUCGCCUCCGCCUUCCAACCCGUCCUCGCCUCGCCCGCCUUGGCCACGAUCCUGCAAGAAGUCAAGGCCGCGCUCUACGCCCGCGACUUUGACGCCGCCUUCACUUCUGCGAAACCCGAGAGCUUGGAUGCGUAUGCUGCGAGGUGGAGUCCCACCCGCGCUCUGGCGUACGCUGUCGUCCUGCUGGGUAUCGCGGAGCACCUUGAGGGGCUGGAGGUUCAGGUCAAGAAGGCUGAAGACGAGGCUGGCGCUGAGGUAGCUGAAGCAGCCGAGGGCCUUCAAAAGUUGAUCGUCGAGGACAGGACGGGUGAUGCGCCCCGGGAUCAGAACUCCUCCUCCCCUCCCUCCACCGACGAUCAGGAAGUUCCUCCCGCAGCGGAGGACGAUGCCGUCACCCCUCCACCACCCGCCUCGGAACCAACCGAGGCCGACACCACAGUCACCCCCAAGACGACGACACAAAUCAAAAAGGAAAUCAAGAUCCUCUCCAUCGGCGGCGGCGCCGCAGAACUAGCUGCCCUAGCAGCCUACCUCUCCCAGCAGCCAGCCUACCUAAAAGGCACAAUCACCUGCCUCGACGCCGCCCCCUGGGCCCCCGUAGUCUCCAAGCUCCACGCCGCACUCACGGUCCCGCCCCCGGCCUCGCGGUACGCAAACGAGGCCCAAGCCACCGCCGCAGCCCUCGUGGACCCCGCGGCGCGGCUCUCCUCCUCCUUCUCGCACCUCGACGCCCUCGCGAUGUCACGGGACCAGCUCUCUCAAACGAUAGGCAAAGAGGCAUUACUCAUCACAUUACUAUUUACCCUCAACGAGCUCUACACUGCCGCGGGAAUCGGCAAGACCACCGCUUUCCUCCUAAACCUGACCGCCACCGUGCCCCUCGGCUCCCUGCUCCUCGUCGUCGACAGCCCCGGGAGCUACUCCGAGGCAGCCGUCGGCAAGGAGUCGAAAAAGUACCCCAUGCAGUGGCUCAUGGACCACACUCUCGUCAACAAGCCCCAAAAGGACGGCGUGUUCCCGGGCUGUCGGUGGGAAAAGGUCGAGUCCAAUGACUCCGUCUGGUUCCGCCUCGCCGAGUCUCUAAACUACCCAAUCCCUCUGGAAAAUAUGCGCUACCAAAUGCACCUGUAUCGCGCAACGAAACCCUAA